AUGGCGGACAUGGAUGAAUUUGCGCAAACCCGUGGCUCAGAUGAUCUCUUCGACGACGAGAUCAUCCCUGUUUCUGCAGAGGAACAGCAAGUACAAGUGGACACACCACCGGUCCUUGCACCGCCUGAAACUUCACUCUCGUCUCAAGAAGUGAAUUCAGUUGAAAAGUCAGCUGAAUCUCGAAGUGAGAACACUCAGCGAGGUCGGGGAGACCGAGGACGCGGUCGUGGCCGAGGGCGCGGCCAGGCAGCAGAGCAAAGUCAUGAUCAGGCUCGGCCAAAAAGGAGUGGGCUGCAAGACUCAAGAUGGGCAGACAAGAAGCCGACUGAAAAGGCGCCUCGGCCCAAGGGGCCCAAACCCGCAAAAGAGCCUGCGACGGCUAAGCCACAAUCUCAGCCAGUGGCUGCCGAUAAACCAGAAGAAGAAUCCUCGACUAAGCAAAACGGCCGAAAUGAUGAGCAGAAUGAGAAGACAGAGGAAUCAACUGAUAACAAUGCCGAGGCCCCACGAGUCCCAGCUGUGCGCGGGGACCGCAGUGCUACCGGCGGACUACGGAAGGUCAGUCAAUACGCUCUCAAUCGAGACCUUGUAGCUUGCGAGGAAUCUAACACUUCAAUUCAGCCAAAACUCACCGAAGAGGAACUAUCAAAACGCAUCGCCGCAGCUAAGGAGAAUGCGGUCAAGAAAGCGGCCGCUCACGCCCGCGCCGAAGCCGAUCACGCUUCAUUUCUCGAGCGCGAACAGGUCGCGGCGGAGAAACGACGUCAAGAAGCAGCGAAUCGGCGUGUCAUGGACAGUGAACGUGAACAGAAUCGUCUACGCAAGCUGAAAGCUCAGACCGGUCGUGAAUGGGACUCGCAGAAGACCGAGGACGACUUCAAUCCGCGUGGUGGUGGUAGUCAGUUCCGCCGUGGUAUGCACGGUGGCGUUUCCGGGCACACCCGCCGAGACUUUGACGAACGGCCAUCUGAAGAUGCGCCCGAUGAUCUGUUCAGCCCUGGUCGCGGCCGUGGGCGCGGCGGUCGGGGUGGACGUGGCGGUCGCGGAGGGCGUGGCCGCGGUUCUAUGAAUGGUUCUCGAGGCGAUCGAGAGAAUACCAAAGAAGCCACCGAAAAUUCCCAGGCGAAUGUCGCGUCGCCCCCUGCCAACGAUGAAGCUGAUUUCCCUGCUCUUCCCGCGGGUCAGAAGCCCAAGUCGAGUGUCCCAGCGAAAGAAGGGACCCAGGAAGCUGCACAGAACACGUCGAUGGAGAAGCUUGAAGCUUCAAUGGCUCCGAUGACAGGGACCUGGGCCGAUCAGCUUGAUGACUAG